UGGCACAGUUAACAAAUAAAGUAUGCUGAAAAUGAUGAUGGUACAAAAGUUUGAUUUUUUGUCACCUAAAUGUCAUUUCAGGCCAAAAUUUAUCUAAAAAUUAAAACUGCUUUAUUUUCGACAAAAAUUGACACAGUUAAUAAAAAAUCAUGCUGAAAAUGAUGGUCACAUCAAAAUUUUGAUUUUUUGUCAACUAAUGCCGUUUAAGACCAUAAACGUUUCAAUCGCAAGACUUUCAACCAUGAAUGAUAGGCUGUAUUUUUGUUAGCAAUUUCUUUUAAAAUGUGAGUUUAAUGGCACGUUUCGUUUUGUUUGCGUUUGUUGUAAGAUAUAAUGUCACUGGUGUGCUUGAUCUUAGAGGUUCAUGCACCAAACCCCUUCGAAUGUUUGGCACAAUAACACAACGAAUUAGCAGGUUUUCAUCAAAUAUUUUGGUAGCGCGCGGAAAUUCUUAGAGCCCCCAGGGCUUCUUGUUUUCUUUGAUAAAAGCCUGGUUUCAUUUUUUCUUCUUCUGACUAUCUGGAUUAACAAAACUGUGUUGGGUAAACAUAACAGUGUGAUGACAUCAUCUCUGGGUUUUACACCCACCCUGCGACUUUUGGAACUUUUUUUUUUUUCUUUUUGAAUUCCUGUAAAGAAAAGUUCCUUUGUUGUUACUUAUAAGUCUCUGUGGAUCUUUGCUUUAAAUGUGUACUUUCAAUGUUUUGUUUUUUGUUAAAGUGUACAUAAAUUAUAAUAAAUUAUAACAUAAUAAUCAUGGGAAAUGUUUCGCUAAAACGUUAUUUUGAAGAUGGGACGUUACCUUACUAUGAUCAGCCACCAAAGAACCGAUAUGCUCGACGUCAAUCCGUAUGCGCUGAAGCUUAUAAUCCAGACGAGUCAGAUGAUGAUGAUGAACAAAUGGUCAUCCAUCCGAAAAGUGAUGCACAAAGAAAACGUCUUAAUGAGGCCGUAAAAAAUAUUUUAUUAUUCAAGAACUUAGAUGCAGAAGAACUUAACCAAGUAUUGGAUGCAAUGUUUGAGCGCAAAACCACACCAGGUGAACACAUCAUUGAUCAAGGUGAUGAUGGUGAUAAUUUUUACAUCAUCGACAGAGGAGUGUUCGAUAUUUACGUCAAGAUAGACGGGAACAACAAAAAGGUCGGUGCGUACAACAAUAAGGGAAGUUUUGGUGAAUUAGCUCUUAUGUACAACACUCCAAGAGCUGCAACAAUCGUGGCUUCAUCAGAAGGCAUUAUUUGGGCGUUGGAUCGUGUCAUUUUCAGAAAAAUAGUUCUAAAAGCUGCUUACAACAGGAGGAGGAUGCACGAAGGACUGUUAGAAAAAGUUCCUAUGCUGAAGCAUUUGAACGAGUUCGAGCGAAUGAAUGUCGCCGAUGCGUUAGAAACAAAAACCUUCGAAGAUGGAGAUCGCAUCAUAAAACAGGGUGAUGAAGCAGACUACAUGUACUUUAUCGAAAGGGGCGUAGCUGUUGUCAAAAUGACAAGUCCAAACACUGGUUCUAAAGAAGUUGAAAUUACUCAGUUGCAAGAGGGUGGUUAUUUUGGAGAACUUGCAUUAGUAACACACAAACCACGUGCAGCUUCAGUUUACGCAGUUGGUGCUGUCAGAUUAGCAGCUCUAGAUAUUUUGGCGUUUGAAAGGUUACUUGGUUCGUGUAUGGAAGUAAUGAAACGAAACUUUACAGAUUACGAAGAACAAUUAAAUAAACUUGGUUUAAGUAAUCGAGAUCUCAGGGGUAAAUGAGAUAACGAAACUUUACCAUGGUAGCAUAGUUUUUACUGUUCCUUUGAAUUACACUUGCUUAAAGAAGCGCUGAGUUGGGCCGUAUUUGUUCUGUUUUUUGGCAAGACAGUGGUUUCAAAUGUACGAAAAUUUAAAACCAAAAAUUGGACUAAAAUUUUGUUUUGUUAAAAUGGCGUCUUAUACUUGUAUAAAUGGCGCUCCUUAGUGUAUGGGCAGUUAAAACUAUACAAAGCCCCGUUGGAACAAUAUGUUGAUGUAUUCAUGUAAUGUUUACACCAAUGUUGUGCUGCUGUUUCGAUAUAAAACGAGGCUGAUUAGAAAGAGUUUAAUUUUUAGAAUGUUCACCUGUUUUUUGUUUUAUAUUUAUUGUUGAACUGUAUACAGCUAUGUUUUAUGGAUGUUUUAUUUCACGUUUACGGACCAUGUUUUGUGUCAGUAAAAUACUCGAAUUUACAAAGUUCUAUAAAGCUAUAUUAAAGUAAAAAUUUUAACAAAUUUUGAGGCAAAAACCAGCUUAUAUCUCGCGUGAUUUCAAAGCUUAUGACUUUUAAGACAAUAUGUGCAACCCGUUUGCUAAAAAAUGAAAGUGGAUAGAAAAUUUCGCGUUUUUGCGCAAAAGGGGUCCCACGAACUCUAAUCAACCGUAAAUUUUGAUUCGCAAAUUUUGAUUUGCUUUAUAAGCCGGGAUAUUAAAGUUUUUUUUGUUUAGUUCCCCUGUGCCUUCUUCUGUUCUACUGCAACAAGUAUGUUAUUCAGAAUAAUUGUGUAAAAUAUAUUCGCACAUAACUGGUCCAUAAAAAACCUGAUAGGUGCUUCAGUUCCAGCUCAAAUUUUGUGACUCGGUCGCUCCCAACUUAAGUUGUCGUCUAAAAAGGUUUUUAGUAAAAGUUAAAGCGUUGUAUAUAAAACUUCUAUGUAGAUAAUACAAUUUUUGUUCAUGGCUUGUAUUAGUUAAUGAAAACCAAGAAAAACCUCA